AACAAAACACUACUCUACUCGCAUUGUACUCGGCACUUUUCGGCAAAACACUCACACAUUUUCAGAGCACAGAACACACACUUUUGCUUCCCUCAAAAACCAAGAGCCCAACCAAUAGACCAAUGAUUUUUCGCUGGCCCAAAACUGUCGUUGAGGCGAUCAACAAUGAAAUAACAAAUGGGAAUUCCCCCGUGGACACAACGCAGGAGAACCAGUUGCUUACUUAUAUAAUCUAGCGUAAGCGAUCCUUGAGAAGAGAUCUUGAGGCAAUGGCUUUGUGUCGGGCCCCCGCACAGCCCCGGCAACAGCAGCCACAGCAGCCGGCGUGUCCGCCCAUGUCCCUGCCCGUCUCGUAUCCCUACAUGGACGCGCAGCAGCUGCAGCAGUUCUACAUCGCCCAGAUGCUGCAGCCGCAGCCCCCCCUCGGGCCCAAUGUGUACGUCCAGCCCUGGUACAUGUGCCAGCCGCCGUCGUGCCAGAACUACGGCUACUGCUACGGCAUGCAGAUGCCACCCAGAGCCAUGCUGCCACAGGACUGUAGUUCCCCCUCAAACACGCCUUCCAUUCAGUCCACAGGAUCGGAAAACAGCACGGGGAGUUGCUGCAGACCCACCACCAGCACAAGAUGCGUGCCCCAGGAUCGCAAGCGAUCUCCUGCCGGUGGCAGGACCUACCAGCAAUGCAAAGUGCCGCUUCCGAAAACCGCCUGUGGGUGGUGCGGCAGCCUCGACAGCUUCGAGUCGGAUGGCAGCGCCCUGUUGGAGGCUCAACGCUUUGCGGCAUGCAGCAUCUGUCCAGCGCCCAAGCCAAAAGAGAUUCAGAGAAGACAGCAGCAGGAAGAAGUAUCCCAAAACGAUUCAGAAAUGGAGCAAAACCUCGCUUCAAAGAAGGAGCAAAGGAUUGCUUCAAAUAAGGUGCACAGAAUCGAUUCGGAGAUCGGUUCAGAGAAUGGGUCAAAGAUCGAUUCAGAGAAUGAGGAGGAAGUAAUCGAUUCAGAGAACCAUUCGAGACAAGCAGCUUCCAAGAAGGAGCAAAGGAAAGAUCUAAAGAGGGCUCAAAGGCACUCUUCCAAGGAGGAAAGGGGCUCUUCCAAGGAAGAAAAGUGCUCUUCCAAGGAAGAAAGGCACUCUUCGAAGGAAGAAAGACACUCUUCCAAGGAAAAAAGACACUCUUCCAAGGAAGAAAGGGGCUCUUUUAAGGAAGAAAGGGGCUCUUACAAGGAAGAAAGGGGCUCUUCCAAGGAAGAAAGGCAAUCUUCCAAGGAAGAAAGGGGCUCUUCCAAGGAAAAAAGACACUCUUCCAAGGAAGAAAGGGGCUCUUUUAAGGAAGAAAAGUGCUCUGCCAAGAAACACCACAAAGAGGCCAUCAAACCGGCGAAACCCGCGAAACCUGCCACACUCAAGGAGGACAUCGACAGCGCGCUGGGCAGCUCCGCCAGUAGCUUCAUCAAACGCUUGGGCGUGCUCAUGCGCCAUCGCUCCACCCGGAGCUCCAUGAAGCAAAAGCAAGCCAAGGCCCCACCAAGUCCGUGCCUCACUCCGGCCUGCUCGAACACCAGUUCGGAGUCCCUGCAGCAGCCACCCACGAGGUCCAGCUUCUUGAGCCGUUUGUUCGGCGAAGUGCGCGACAAUGAUAUGGCCUUCUAUGCGCAAAAAUCCAGAUGCAACAUACAGCACGAGCCAAGCCUGCAUUCGGACAGUCUGGAGCAGCUGGCGGCCUUCAAGAAGCUGCGAAAGAAGCAACGGCUUUCAGCCAAGGGUCCCUAUGAAAUAUAAACCAUACCCUGAACACCAAUAGGCAGAUUUUCAAGUGUAUUUCAAAUUUCAGGCAAUAAAAUUAACCGAAGCGAGGAA